AUGUCGACGACAGAAAAGUUAAUCAAGAUCUCCUUCCUCAUCCGGAAGCGUGACGAUAUCACGACAGAGGAGUUUCAUAGAUACUGGUCAGAAGAGCACCCGAAAGCCUGGCUGUCGGUGGCCAUAGUCAAAGCGAAGAUCGUCAAGUACUCGCAGUUUCACUUCAACAACUCACUUAUCGACGCGUCAAUGGGUCUAUCAAUGACACCAUAUGAUGGUGCAGCGAGCUUGUAG